UGUUCAGUCUCCCGCAGCCGCGGUCGCUGCAUCCUCAGCGACAGGGAGACAGCCGGCGCUGCCGCCAGGAGAGACACCAUGUGACCCGCACUGCUCAGUAACAAGCAGCGUCGGUUCCAGAGCGGGCGCGCCUGGGGGAGGUGAGCGCGCGCAGGACGAGGAGGAAUGGCCUGACUCUCCCCGUUAAACCCUCACAAGCUAUGGAUGCGCGCGGGCGACGCGGCCCCCGGUAGGAGAAUGACUGCGAUUCGAAACUCUCAGCGCCCGAGCGUGUCGCAGGGUCCUGGAACCAAUCCUCCUAAGAUACCAAGGGAUGCCUGUACCAGGUCUUAACUUACCAGCUUAGGGACUUUGGGGGUGUCAAGCUUAUAUUUUUGCUGCUGUCCACUUGUAAAUACACUCAGAACAGGAGAUUUUGGACGAAUUUUUUGGCUACAGGUAUUUUGUAAACAUGAUGCAUUUCAAAAGUGGACUUGAAUUGACUGAGUUGCAAAACAUGACAGUCCCCGAAGAUGACAACAUCAGCAAUGAUUCCAAUGACUUCACUGAAGUAGAAAAUGGUCAAAUAAAUAGCAAAUUUAUUUCUGAUCGUGAAAGUAGAAGAAGUCUCACAAACAGCCAUUUGGAAAAAAAGAAAUGUGAUGAAUAUAUUCCAGGAACAACCUCCUUAGGCAUGUCUGUUUUUAACCUAAGCAACGCCAUUAUGGGCAGUGGGAUUUUGGGACUCGCCUUUGCCCUGGCAAACACUGGGAUCCUACUUUUUCUGAUACUUUUGUCUUCAGUGACACUGCUGUCUAUAUAUUCCAUAAACCUUCUGUUGAUCUGCUCAAAGGAAACAGGCUGCAUGGUUUAUGAAAAGCUGGGAGAACAGGUCUUUGGCACCACGGGGAAGUUUGUAAUCUUUGGAGCCACCUCUCUCCAGAACACCGGAGCAAUGCUGAGCUACCUCUUCAUAGUAAAAAAUGAGCUGCCCUCUGCCAUAAAGUUUCUAAUGGGAAAGGAAGAGACAUUUUCAGCCUGGUAUGUGGACGGCCGUGUUCUGGUGGUGAUAGUUACCUUUGGCAUAAUCCUCCCUCUAUGUCUCUUGAAGAAUUUAGGGUAUCUUGGCUAUACUAGUGGAUUUUCCUUGAGCUGUAUGGUUUUUUUCCUAAUAGUGGUUAUCUACAAGAAAUUUCAAAUUCCCUGCAUUGUUAAAGAGCAGGGAAUAAAUUCAACAAUAAUAAGUGAUAAUUCAACAAAUACUGGCAUGUGUACGCCAAAAUAUGUUACCUUCAAUUCAAAGACGGUGUAUGCUCUACCAACCAUUGCAUUUGCAUUUGUCUGCCAUCCAUCAGUCCUGCCAAUUUACAGUGAGCUUAAAGAUCGAUCACAGAAAAGAAUGCAGAUGGUUUCAAAUAUCUCCUUUUUUGCCAUGUUUGUUAUGUACUUCUUGACUGCCAUUUUUGGCUACUUUACAUUCUAUGAAAACGUGAGUUCAGACCUCCUUCACAAGUACCAGAGCAAAGACGACAUUCUAGUCCUGACGGUACGGCUGGCUGUCAUCGUUGCUGUCAUCCUCACGGUGCCAGUGUUAUUUUUCACGGUUCGUUCAUCUUUAUUUGAACUGGCUAAGAAAACAAAGUUUAAUCUAUGUCGUCACAUCUUUGUUACCAUAAUACUCUUGGUCAUUGUUAACUUGUUGGUGAUCUUCAUACCCUCCAUGAAGGAUAUUUUUGGAGUCGUAGGAGUUACAUCUGCUAAUAUGCUUAUUUUCAUUCUUCCUUCAUCUCUUUAUUUAAAACUCACGAACCAGGAUGGAGAUAAAGGAACUCAAAGAAUUUGGGCUGCCCUUUUCUUGGGCCUGGGGGUAUUGUUCUCCCUGGUCAGCAUUCCCUUGGUCAUCUACGACUGGGCCUGCUCACCGGGGAAUGACGAAGGCCACUGAGACCUACUGAGAAAAGGAAACACUACCACCUGCUGCUCGGUCAAGUCACCAUCCAUCAGCAACCCUCAUCACUUCUUUUGCAAGUUUACAGAAGCAAAUUUACAAGAUACUUAAAAAGGAAUCACAUUUUGGUAGCAAACCAGAGACCUGUUUCUAUAAUGGUUCAUGUCCCUCCAAAAUUUGGGAUCAAUUUAAGGAUCAUGGAUUUUUUUUUUCCUCCAAAUUUCAUGCAAGCAUAUUUCCUAGUACUUUCCACAAUCAGUUAUUUUUUCACUCUCUUAACUCAAUUUUUGUGUGAUGUCAAGGUAUCUUAGAACUUUGAAAACAUGAUCAUCAGUCAUGUUUGUUUAUUAUACAUCCAGAUUCUGAAAUAAUUUUCCUACAGAUGUUCAGCUCACACUAUCUGUACCUUUUUAGAAGAAAAAAAAAAAAUCUUGAAUUGUAUAUAUUUAUUUUGCUUUACAGAGACAAAAAUGGUUUCAUAAAUAAUUUGCCUAUUUUGGUUAACAUAGCACACAGGGAUCAUCGUAUGAGAGUCACAGGGUGUGUGCUGUUGCUGGGUCCGAGCACGAGUGUUUGAGGUGGCUCGCAUCACCUGGCAGCUGAGCUCCGGCAGACCAGUGGCCUCCCUGGUACCACGUCCACUCCAUGUAGAGAUGUUCUCUGGUGACGUGUUCUCAGCGGGGAAGGGGUGGAAACGAUUCUUACCUUGGUAAAUAUAUUAAACUGCACAUUUGGGUAAUCUAGCAAAUGAAGUUUUGUUUCCCUCUUGGCAACUUGUGUCAAAGUUACUCUGACCUGAGCCCAUUUCUACUGGGGGAGUCCCACGACACCUUUAUAAUAAAUUGAGGAGCAAGAAUGCUGCAAAAAGAUUAUCCUAAACGCCUAGGAAAAUAUUCCUCUGAUGCAGAUAGCCUUUAGCCCUACACUCUGUUGUUGAAGGGGAAGCAUUUCUUAAAUUACGCCUCCAGCAGCUUUUCUUCAUGUCCGCCAGCUUCUUGCACAGAGAACAAGGUAUCUAACCAAGGAUGAUCUAAGUAAUUCCUGUUUUAUAUUGGGUACUUGGGAGGGGGGAGGGGCUUUAAAAUACUUGUUUUAUAUCUAUAAAUUUAGGUUCCUGCAAAUACAAGAUUUUUGUAUUUUAAAUAAGCCUCAUUCCUGUUUCUUCUCCAUUAAUAAUCCAUCCAGAGUGUUAGAAAAAGAAAAAGAGAACCUCAGAGAUAGUCUUUGAGGAGAACUUGUGACAACAUCACUGAGUACCUUCCUUCCCCCAGCUGAGGACCUCAGUGUCCGUGCCAUUCCCUCUCCUUCCUAGCCUAGGGCUGGGCCUUGCCUGCCUGCCCCAUGCACCCCACACGGGAUAGAGCUGCCUUGCACUCCUACCCGAGCCCCUCUCCUAAAGGGGAAAGAAGGAAGCUACACAGACUGAGAAGGGAGAGAGUUUGGGACAAGGUAGCUUGGAAAGCAAUGGGGAACAGAACCCCAGAACUGCAUUACCUCUAAGCUGGCCCAUCACCUGUGGCUGGAUUGUCUAUGUCACACAGUAAAUGUGUGUGCUCUAUGAGCUGAUCUCUUAAAACAGGCCUUGUGUUUUAAUCUAUAGUCUCGCUGAAUUUGUCAAACCCAGAAGUUCACCGAGCAACAGAUUUCUUAUCCUGCGAUAAGCAGAAUCUAACCGCAGACUCUUGGCAGAGUUUCCAGGCACUGAGCUCUGGAUUCUGUUCCUCCCCUACUCAAAUCCCCAGAGGCCUCUGCACUCCCUUGGAGCACCAUGGACCUGUCCCCUCCCCUUACAGACCACUGUCCCAUAGAAAAGGCAGACAUCGGAGCACCUUGUCUCUCUCCUCUUGGGGGAGGAGGAAAGAUUAUUUCCUCCUGCAUUUCUUGAUAGGGUCAUCAUAGCUUUUAAUGUAACAUUCCAGAAUUAGAUUCACAUUAGGUCGUAGUUCAGGUAUUUAGAUACGAAUACCUAACCCAGUAAUACAGAAGACACUCCUUUUCAGCAGUGUCUUUCAUAUUAGAUGAGCAGGGAGAGAAACUAAUUGGCCCUUGGAGGCUUGUCUAGAGCACCAAGUAAUGCAAUACCAGAGAGUGGGAUGGCUCUCCAUUUAAAAAACAACAACAACAAAAACUAUUUAGUUUACAAUUAUAUUGUGUUACUAUCUUCCUUAUUAAUUUACAGCAAUUCAUUUUACACUCCCAAAGUCAAUUUAGAAAUGUAUCAUUAACUCUUGGGGGAAGAAGGAUGUGUAGCGAUAUUUUUGGACCUCUGGAUUUUAUGUAUCAGUACAAGGAAUGAUUAGUAUUUAAAAUAUAUUUAUUUCGAGGAGGCACGUUGUUGUAGAUGUCUGAUACCACAGAUUUUUAAAAUAUUCUCUGUAUGUUUAUCUAAGUUUGUUGUUGACUGAAUAUAAUAGACCCUACUGUAGCUUGUCAAACA